AACAAAUCCCAACGUCACCUCAUCGAACGCGAGCAUUGAGCCAUCAAAAAAGCGAAACCACAGCGCCUAUUUCAUCAAAAAAAUAUCAUAAGGCGACUUCGGACGUCUUGAUUUAUGACUUGAUCUCUUUUUUUCGCGGAUUUUCCGCUGGCUUUCUGCCGUCCUUCACCACCCUGGCAACAUGUCAUCCCGCAAAGUCCGAGUCAAGAAGUUGACUAUCAAAACCGCUCUCCCUGUGCUCAGAGAGGAUCAGAUCGAUGCUACAGAGUAUGAAUCACUGCUUACCGAGUCGCAAAUCGCGACCGGAGUCGACCAGACCGAGGAAAAUGAAUACCAUCUUCAGUCCAUUCUAAAAGAGGCGGGAACAAGCAAUGAUCAAGAAAUCCCCGUUCCGCCUCCCAAAGAGAGUGACAUCAGCUAUGAUGCCCUCUAUCCCGCAAUUUUUCACAAACCCUCCUCUUAUAUCCGAUUUUCUCAGACAGUGGAGGAAUGUAUUAGUUGUCAAUAUGACAUGACAACCGAAGACGAUGAAUUUCUCAAAUCUUAUAAUAGUAAUCCGCCCGCCGGCGCCGGGGCUCUCAGCGAGGAUGACUUUGAACGCAUCAUGGAAGUGUUCGAGGACACCGCAACUGAGCAGACCCCAUUCGCAGCCGUUGACAACACUGUUGUCGGCUACGACAUGAUGGUUCCCGGACUCAAUCAGCUUGGCUCUACAACCAUAUUGCUGCACGCCAAGCAGAUAUACGAGUACUGGAAAUCCAAGCGACAGGAGGAAGGAAAUAAACCACUGCACGCAACCAUCAAAUUUGAGACGCAUCAGGAGACUGAUGAUACUGACCCAUACGUCUGCUUCAGACGGCGGGAGGUCAGACAAACAAGGAAAACAAGGUCCAGAGAUACCAAGAUCGCCGAGACACUUAAGCGUUUCCGUCGCGAGCUCGAGGAUGGCCGUCACCUGGUACUGAUGGCAUACGAGCGAGAGAUGAUGAAACGAGAUUUGUUGCAAGUGGAUCGGGCUAUUUUCGAGGAAAGAGCUCGAUUGAAGCAAAUCAAGACAAAGAUGGGCAUCAAGGGCGAUGACGAAGACCUCGUAAACCAAAAGCCGUCUCAGAAGCGCAAGCCUGCAGAAGCCGCGGGAGCUCAGCGACCAGCCACUCAAGUGCGGGUACCGGUGCGGCCAGAUGGGCGUUCGCACGAGCAAGACCUUGUGUUGCUUUCCGACCAGCUCGCCGAGAAGGAGAACGAGCUUCGUAAUGAGAUUGAAACCAAGGUGCAGAACCACCGAAGGUGGAACCAGAAUCAUAUCGAUCUCACUCGAGAUCCGCUAUCGCCGGUAAAAGAACUGGGCAUGGAGCUCAAGUUCAGACCGGCAAAGACCCAAUAUUUAAUGACGCCGCCGGCGUCAAAUUCUGCAGAAUCAAUGGACAUUGACGACGCACCUGAGCCAAUGCAAUUGGACAAACCGGAACUUCCCGUCUUCCAAUUCCGCGGCGCAGACUUUGGCGAGACGCCGCAAAACAGCCAGCCCGCGUUUAGACGUCGCAUUGGCCGACUGCAACGGCUCUGGAUCGAUCGGAGGGGUCUCUCAACACCCGCACGGACAGAUACGUACGAGUACUCUGACCGGUGGAAAUACGACUCUGACGACGAAGAUGACGAGCCGCUUGUCUAUGAGGUUGACCCCUUUGACACGCGAGCGCUCAAGUUCAGAGCCACAAUCCCACUCAGCCCAUACAUCUUCCGAGGAAGGCCAACGGUCCCUCCAGAGGCGGUUAAUGGCGCAGCGAAUGGAAAUAGGGUGUUACCACCACCACCACAAGCGCAGCCACAGCCGCCGCCGCCGCCGCAACCUGCAGUUCAGCAAGCGCAGGCGGCGUCAUAAAGAAGAACCCUCUCUCUCUCUCCCCCGACGAAUCUAGUACUGCAUCCUUGUAUGAGUAUGGAGGUGUAUAUAAUUCGUUUUUUGCUUUCUUUUUUUCUCCAAUCACGCUGGUAUUGAAGGGUUCUCAGGAACGGACAGGACGGGGGGGAAGGUCGGGAGGAGGCAGGAUCUUUUGCUGUAGAUGAAAAAAAAGGCCACCGAUGUAUAGUACAGUAGCCUUGGUCAGGGCAUUGCGAGGAGUUGGGAGUUGGGGUCGGUUCUUUAGGAUUAGAAAGAGAAGAGGCCCUGCAACGGGAACAAAUAAAAAAAAGAUACAACCUAGAUCCUCAACUGGCUCUUGACCAGGAAACAGAACUUUUUUUUUUUCUUCGACUCGGCCGCAUGCAAUUCGCGUGAUGAGCUGUAUCCGACUCGAUGGUAGACAGUCCAGGCAUUGCCGACAGUCCGAUUUGUGCUUGUGAGAGCUCUUUUCUUCUUCUCGUAGGGCGGGUGGUGUCGUGACGCAGGCCGGUCUCACCUCACCUCAUUGCGACCAGGGCGGAUGACGUGAGGGGAAGGCCGGCCUGCGCAACGUGGACUCGCCGGCCGUGAUCGAGGUUCGCCAUGGGCGUCGACGAUGAAGAAGCUUGUAGAGAGGCUGAUCAUCACUUUCGCCAGCUGAAGGAGCAGCUAGAGGCUCUGUCUUUCUUCUUUCUCGGCUGGAUAUUUUUUCCUCUGCGGCCAAGGCUGGUGUUAGCAGGCGCCGAAAUAGAUGGCAGCAGAGAAGAGAAGAUAGGUUCAAAGGGGCGGGUUUUCCCUUGCAAGAAGGACAUAGAACAUACCGUUGAGAAAACUAUUGUCUCACAGACUCAGUCCAUCAU